AUGGCUCAAUUCAACGCCAAGACUAUAGAACCAUUCAAAAAGGGAGCAAAAUGGAAAACAUUCGAGGACCAAUUGGAGGCUUUUAUCAUCUUAAACGAUGUUACCGAAGUGAAAACGUCAGUAUUGCUGAUAACACAAUUUACUGCGGAGGUCUACGGAGUACUCAAGGCAGCGGUAACCCCUGCGAAACCUUUAACGAUGCUCUACGAGACCCUGAAGACAAAAUUGGAAGAGUUGUACGCACCCAAAGAUAACAUACAUUUCGCAAGGUUUACGUUCCGCGGAAGAAGGCAGAAGGAGGAUGAGUCUAUCGAUGAAUUUGUAAAAGCACUUCAAAUGUUAUCGCCAGAUUUGGAGUGGGAACAGUCGGUCCAGUUAGCAAAAACCGUCAAACUGGCCGACGCGAAAGCGGAGUCAUUGUUAUCACCGCAAACUUCAAAACAAGAGGCGACCGAGGCUCCAAGUGUGAACGCUAUAUGGCAUGUCAACAAGAGGCGACAACAGAGAGGCUACAACACACCGUGGCAUCGUGAAUGUGGAGCAAGCGGUUUCGGCCAAGGACGAGGAACGACGAGGGGAAGAGGAAAUCUCCAACAGCGGGCACCGAGCAGCAACGCGCAAGCAGCGUCGAACCCAGCAAGCGAAGAGUGUUACUAUCGUGGGAGAAAGAGACACCGAAGUUACCAGUGUAGCCUACGAAAUAAAUAUUUUAGCGAGUGUGGUAGACAAGGUUAUAUUCACAAGACGUGUGCGAGAAACAGAUAUCGACCACCUGCGGCAAACCAAAACUUUAUAGACAGCGAACAGAUGACUGCGGACGAAAUGUCAAACGAAGAACAGCGUUUCACGAGCGAUCAUUGUCCCGAGGUCGAGGAUGGUAUGGGUAUAUACAUGUACAUGAUGAAAGAGGAAGCAACAACGAACGAAAUAGGACCGCACCGCAUAUAG